AAUUAAAUUUUUUAUUGAAAUAAUACAAGUCUGUUUUAAAAUUUUUAACAUUUUUGAUUAUUAUUAUUAUACAGUAAAGCGAUUGAGUGGUGAUCAUUUAUCUAGAGCAAUUGGCAGAAUUGCUGGAAAAGGUGGAAAAACUAAGUAUACAAUUGAAAAUGUCACAAAAACACGGAUAGUUCUUGCUGACAGCCACAUACACAUUUUGGGAUCCUAUCAAAAUAUUCGUGUUGCAAGGACUGCACUCUGUAACUUAAUAUUAGGUAGUCCACCAUCUAAAGUUUAUGGAACCAUGAGGCAGUUAGCAAGUUGUAUGAGCGAAAAAUUCUAAAUGAAUAAUAAAGUUAUUUAAAUAUA